GCGCUGCAAGAAUGCACUUUGCAGCUCCCAGAGCGGGAAUAAGUUUAACUUGAGUCCUUGAACUUGAUCAAAAACUCCUGCAAAAAUGGUUGAUGCCUUCUGCGCUACAUGGAAGCUGGUGGACAGCCAGAACUUUGAUGAUUACAUGAAGGAACUUGGUGUUGGUUUUGCCACAAGACAAGUGGGUAAUGUCACUAAACCAACAGUUGUGAUCUGCCAAGAUGGAGACAAAGUGGUGGUGAAAACGCAGAGCACCUUUAGGAACACUGAGAUUUCCUCCAAACUGGGAGAGGAGUUUGAUGAGACCACUCCCGAUGACCGGCAUGUCAAAUCUACUUUCACCUUGGAGGGGGACAAACUUAUCCAUGUGCAGAAGUGGGAUGACAAAGAGACAAAGUUUGUCAGAGAAAUCAAGGAUGGAAAGAUGGUGAUGACAUUAUCCUAUGGGGGAGUCACGGCGGUCCGCACAUAUGAGAAAGCAUAAAAGCUGCUCACUUCAAUCCCUGCACUGUGAAUUUUCAACAAGGUGUUCCACUUCAUACUAAAAAAAAAAAAAAAAAAAUCUAAGUAAAAUCUGUUUUUACUCUCUGGAGUGGGUUUUCACUUGACCUUUUGUUGUAACGAUAAAUAUCUUUUGUAAGAUCUUUUGUAAGAAUGGUGGGCCUAAAAUGUUCUGAUCUCUGUGUUGAAAAAGGGAAAUAAAUGACUUGAUUAAACAUUU